AUGGCAAAGUUUUGCCACAAAACAAGAUCUGCGGCGAUAUUGAUUCCCAUCGCUUACGGAAAGACAGCUCUUAAGUACAUCAAAGGCGAUGCAAAUAUGGUUUCAUUUGCCUCUGACCUCAAAGUUACCAUUUUUGGCAGAACUGAAGACCGAAAGCUUUUAGACAUUGAAGUUGAGGGAAAGCGAGGAUUUGCUCCGAUAUCUCAUAUAAGAGAAGAACUAAUUUUGAUUAAAGAUCCUAAUAUUGUGGUCAAAAUCAAUGAUACGGUUAAGACCAAUGAGUCAAACAAAGGUCUAAACAAUGAAAAUGCAGAUCUAGAAGAGAAGAAAAGUGCCAUCGAUUUGAGUACACAGUCAUCGCCCAUAUAUUCUUCAUUGAGUGAAGAAUCGUUUGAAUCACAGACAAAGACACCGACACAAGACAAGUACACUGUUAUCGACGGCACCUCUUUCAUUGCUGAGGAUAUGGACAUGUAUUUGGUUACUUCUCCCGUUAUACAGACCCAACCCAUGACUGCCACCAAAUCGGCUACAAUUGAACUUAAUUUAGACAAUAUUACAGAAGUUAAACCAAACAAUGACUUUAACAGUAAUACAGAUAAUCAAUUGGUGACCAAUCAAUCGGACAAUACAUUGGAAUCAAUGGAUAAAUUAAAUCCUUCAACAAUUUCUGCUCCAAAUGAAGACAAAAGUAUUAUUGAAAAUGAGACAAAAGAUGUGACGAAUGAGAGACAAAAUAAUGACAUCGCAGAUGAUGUCGAAGUAGUAGAUAACAGUAGUGAAGUGAAAUCAGUUGAUAAUGUUAUUGAAAAUGAUAACAAAUCCAUUUUACAAGACAUCCAACCGAUUCUUAAUGAUAGCUCUAAGCCUAAUGCCGACUCAUCCAAUAUUCCUCACGAUUCCAACGAUAAUAAGUUAUCAGAAACUGAUAUCUCCGAUGAAAGUUCUAAUACUAAUAACACUGCCAUUAAAGUCGAUUUAAAACCAAACGACACUUUAGAUACUGGAAAUAAACCGUUAGAGAAUAUGACUGAAAACUUAAGAAUCGAUACCAAUCUAGAAGAGCCUAAAGAAAACUUAAAGGAAAGUUUUGUUGAUUCAGAAAAGACUGAAAAAGAACAAAUGACGAGUUGA